AGGUCCGAGUUCGCCCGGGGCCCGGGAGGCUUCGUGAGGGGAUGGCCAUCCAAGGGCGGUUUCUAUGUCUUGGGACCUUGCUUUGGCGUUGAACUGGAAUUUCUAGGACUGGACCGAUUCCAUAAUACCCCUCGCCCAUCUAUAUCUAAUCCCACCGCCGCUGCUGAUGAAGAAGAGAUGCAUUGCAAUAAAAUGCGACAGCUAGGUGCUACUUGGUGGAAGAACGAAUAUGAGUAUAUGAAGAAUGCUAUUGAACCCGAGUCGACCGACGGCAUUGUCUUAACAGUCGGCUGGCCAGCGGGAGGUGGAGUAUGGGUUCUAGCAGUGCCACCAAUAAGGGCUAGAGUAAUAGGUGCUGCUAUCAUUCAUAAUGCUUACAAUAUGGAAGAACGGUGCAAGGUAAUUGAGCAGUUGGGGGGG